AUGGCUAAAGAUUUUGAUUGUGUUACAGGUGUUGAAACUGUUUCAAAUCAAGCAAAUACACAGCAAGAUGCCUCGACAACGACUGAUAUUGGCUCAGACAAAAAAAAAGAAGAGACGUAUUCCAGCGAAUGUCAAAAGAAUACAGUUGCAGCAGCCGCCUCCACCAAUACGGUAAAUACUGGAAUCAACUCCAUCACCAAAAAAAUAUCUGCUGUGAAAACUAGUGCUCCAGCAACUAAAGUAAUUCCCAAUAUUCCAGUUGAUACUCGAUGGGUACAGAAUGGGAUGACUGUUGCUGGAGGUCAUGGAUGGGGCCAUGCCACCAAUCAACUCAAAUACCCUUAUGGUCUCUUCGUUGAUGAUGAUCAAACGAUGGUCAUUGCUGACUACGACAAUCAUCGUAUCAUCCAAUGGAAGAUGGAUGAUACGAAUGGACAAGUAGUAGCUGGUGGCAAUGGCCGAGGAAAUCGAUUGGAUCAAUUGAAUAAUCCAACUGAUGUAUUGAUCGACAAAGAGACGAAUAGUCUCAUUGUUUGUGAUCUAGGGAAUCGACGAGUCGUACGAUGGCCUCGUCGUAGUGGCACAACUCAAAGAGAAAUCCUCCUCGACAACAUCGCUUGUCGAGGAUUGGCCAUGGAUGAUCAGAGAUAUCUCUACAUCUCUGACUACGACAAAGAUGAAGUAAGACGAUAUCAAAUAGGAGACAAGAAUGGAACUAUAGUGGCUGGUGGCAAUGGCACAGGCGAUAGUCUCAAUCAACUCCAUGAGCCGACCUACAUCUUUGUCGAUCAACAACAGACUGUCUACGUGUCAGAGUACGAAAAUCAUCGUGUGAUGAAAUGGAAUAAAGGUGCAAAAGAAGGAAUUGUCGUCGCUGGAGGUCAAGGCGAAGGGAAUGCUCUGACACAAUUGUGGUAUCCUAAUGGACUGUUCGUCGAUACAUUGGGUACCAUCUAUGUGGCAGACUCGGGAAAUCAUCGACUGAUGUGUUGGCGUAAAGGAGCGAAACAGGGCACUGUCAUUGUGGGUGGAAAUGGUAAAGGAGCAGGAGCAAAUCAGUUCAACGGUCUUCAGGAUUUUUUAAAUUGUUUGCGUCGUCCAAUAAGUGCUGGUUAUUGCUUAACAUCAUCGUUAACAAGUCGAAAUAGUAAUUCAUGUGUUAUACGUGCAACAACAGCUAAUUGUCGAACACGUCAUAGCCAUAUUAAUAAUACAAAUAAUCAAACAAAUGAAAAUGUUCGUGGAGAAUAUUUUGGUUUAUCUUCAGAAGAAAUUCGAAUCCUAAGAACAAUAAAAGAAGUAAAUCGUCAACAUGAUGGCUUUGUUCGAAUAUUUCCAACAUAUGAUACAUAUGAAUUUUUUUCAUCGUUUUUUGAACAACGAACAACAACAUUUAAUCAAAUGCUUCAUCAAUGUCUUUAUCCAUCACACUGGACAGCGAAUGCAUUGAAUUCUCAACAAAAUUCUUCAAAAAAUCGUCGUACAACAGUACCACGUUCAAAACAUCCUUCAUCAGCAUUUAAUUAUGGUCAUCAAUCAGGUCAAAAUUUAACUGCUAAAACAAAUGGUUGUAAUCUUGAUGAAGCUCUUGAAAGAUAUAGAACUUAUGAAAGAAGAUUAAUUGAUAUUGUUCCUCCACAAACAACAACAACAACAAAUGAAAAUUCACAAAAAAUAAAUGAUAAAUCUUCAAAAAGUCAAAUGUUGUUGAAACAAUUGAACAAAAUUCAUCAAAACCAUUACAUAUUCAUCGAUCAACAUCAAAAUGUUUAA